UGUAAGGUUUGUUACAUAUGGCUAUGGUUGUGGAUCAACAGACAAGUUUUAAGCAUUAUUGUAGGAUUUGUAAGAAAGGAUUUGGAUGUGGAAGAGCUCUAGGUGGUCACAUGAGAGCCCAUGGCAUUGGAGACGAGGCAGGACAGAUUGAAGAUGAAGACCCCGUAAGCGAUUGGGAAGACAAGCUGGGAGGAAAUAGUCCGCCAGGCAAUAAGCGCAUGUACGCACUACGAACCAACCCCAACAGACUCAAGAGCUGUCGGAUCUGUGAGAAUUGCGGUAAGGAGUUUUCGUCGUGGAAAUCAUUCCUUGAGCACGGGAAAUGUAACUGCGACGACGAUAUGGAGUCUCCUGUGUCCUCGCCGUUGCCCGGAUCGGACGAUGAAGAUGGUGCAGGACGAAGGAGUUGUGGUUGGUACAAGAGGAAGAGAUCGAUACGGGCUAAAGUAGGUAAUUCUAAUUCCAAUUGCCCGUCAAGCGAGGAGGAGGACCUUGCCAAUUGCCUCGUCAUGUUGUCAACUGCUCGGGUUGAUGUUGAUCCACUUGUAGCCGAUGCUGAGGAGUCUUGCGCUUCGGCUAGUAAGGAGGAGGAGAGGCGGAAUCCGGUGGGCGUCGUGCCGCUGCAACUCCCCAUUGCCCAUCGGCUAUCCAGUGAAAAAGCCAAGGGGGUUCCCGCCGGAGGUAUGUUUGAGUGCAAGGCUUGCAAGAAGGUAUUCAAUUCACACCAAGCACUGGGAGGGCAUAGGGCUAGUCACAAGAAGGUGAAGGGGUGUUUCGCUGCAAAGAUGGAUGAUCUUGACGAUAGCCUAGCUGAGGAAGAUGUGAUCACCCACGACGGAUACGGCAACCCCACCAAAUCCUCCAUUAAUGCAACUCUACCUUUCGAGCAGGUCUCCCAACUUCCUCCAUUGGCGGCCAUCCCCUCCACCUCCAAGAGGAAAUCCAAGCUGCAUGAGUGCUCUAUCUGUCAUCGGGUCUUCUCUUCCGGUCAGGCCUUAGGUGGGCACAAGAGGUGUCACUGGGUCACUUCCAAUUCGCCAGCAGACACAUCAUCGAUUGCCAAGUUUCACCAGUUCCAUCACCAAACCCAACAGCUGCAUCAGAGGCCCACCAAAUUUAACAAGUCCGAGCCUCUAGAUCUCAACCUCCCUGCCCCUGUCGAUGACAUUGCAGGAAUUCUUCAGGAUCCCCAGAAUCCGUUAGGCCUUGAAGUUCCAACGGCCAUUUUUCUACAGACAUGGAUAGGUCUAGACACCAAUUGCAAUACCCACUCCGAUAAACAUCACAACCACCACCCCAGUCUUAGUAACGACGAUAACAAUAACAACACCACCACAACCAACGCUAAUACUUCGGUACAGAACGUGGAUGAUGAAGCAGACAGUAAGGUCAAGCUAGCAAAGCUAAGUGAGCUAAAGGACAUGAACAUGGGUGGUGAAUCCUCGCCAUGGUUGCAGGUGGGGAUUGGUUCAAUUUGUAAUGGGGGCAGUGACCCCUGAAAGGUUUGAAUCAGAGGUGCAACCUCAUGCUGUAUUUUGUAUAACUGUAAUUACAGA